UAUUAAUGAGUUUCUUAGAGAUCUCUAAGCAAAUAGAAGAAAUGACUAAUUUUCUUGUAUGAAUACAUAAUAACUUUAUAGUUAGAAUAGAGCGAUGAAAGCAUAGUAAAUACGUCUCCUACAAAUCGCGAAUAAAUAAAUCUUAUCAUCAAUGAUCAUAAAGUGAAAUAGAGAGUUAAUGCUAUGUUGAAACAGAAGGUAAUUUAUGUAAUCCUAAAAAUAGAGUAGACAAUAUCCGCAUUAAUAUUUAACUGUGGAAUUAUCAAGUGAUGACAAUUAUGAAAUUGAGCUGGAUUAAGAAGAUAUUAAAUAAGUAACGAAAUUUUUAUAUUCAAAUUAUAGGUUUGUGAAAAUUUUGGAGAAGUCAAAUAAGUCUACACCAAACUUAAUGGAGCAAUAAUAAUUAGGUUCAAUUCUCUUUUUGAUGCUUUUAUUGUUUAUAAGCUUUUAAACAAACAUUAAAUAAAAGAGUUGGAUGUUACUAUCAAAAUUGAAUUUACUACCUAGUAAGAUCUAUUGGAAAUCAUGGAGAUUCAGGACUCUAAUUAAUAAAAAUUUACAUGUCGCUAUGAUGUUUAAAUUGAUAAUGAUAAAGAAUUUUAAGUUGCUCGCAAAAUCAUAGGUAGUUUAUUCCUCAAACAAUUCUAGGAGCCAAAGGAUGCAAUAUGAAAAAAAUCAUUGAUUAAUGCUUGAUAGAUUGUGAUACAAAAGAAUAAGAUCUUGUUAAACUCAGAUUAAGAGGAAGAGGCUCAGGGUACAAAGAAGGUCCUGAAAAAAGAGAAUCAUAAGAACCUCUUCACUUAUGUGUGUCAUCCAAACACAAUCAUUUAUUUUUGAGAGUAAAAUUAAUUGUAACUCAAAUAGGCAUGUUAAUUGGUUGAGUAAUUACUUUUAAAAAUCUAUGAGGAAUAUAAAACAUUUGGGCUAAAUAAAGGACGCAAAUAAAUACAUUACACUAUUAAAAGGGUUCACUAAUCAAUAAAGCCUUAAAUAAAACCCAACUUUAUGCCUGAAUUACCAAACUUUAAUUUCUCAAAUGUAUUUUUCAUGUUUUUAGCUUUUUAGAAUUAAUUUGUUGAUUUUAACAAUGAAAAUAUUAUGGCAUAUUCUAACAUCCCUAAUUAAUUAAUAUGA